CCUUCUGAUAAUCAAAUGAAAAUACUUAGUAUUGAGGUCUCUCAACCUCCUGUGGAACCUAGCAGUUAUGUUUUGUCCCCCACUGUCUUUGAUGAAUUGAGACAGAUUCUGUGUGGAACUUUUAUCAGACACCCCUUAAAGAAGUCUAUUCACAAAACUGCCGAGUACAGUAUCCAGUUGUUUGUCCAUGUUGACUUGAGAACAGAACCUUCAUGGGAAUUUGUUAAGCCUGGAAAAGGGCUCUCAUUCAGUGGUUUGGGUAAUGCAUUUUCAUAAUAGGCCUUUCCAGACCUGGUUUUCUCCCUGACCCUUCUGGAAACCCCACAACUGGCCGCUUGCCCCCAUUCUGGUGCCCUACAUUAUCCUGCCUCCCUCUGUGUACCAGGCCUUUGCUGCCCCUGCUGGCCACGAGGGUUUAAAGAACAUUGUAGUCCGGGCUUUUUUGUCUGACCUUUAACCUAAUCUGUGGGGGUUGGGACCGCUGUCUUUGGGCACGCGCGGUCCAGCGCGCGCAGUGACCGUUGAGGGCUGUGGUGUUUCCGCGCUGCUCGGUGAGGAUAGGGCUGGAGCUUCUGAGUCCCAUGGCCUGUUGGAGCAGGGGCAGGGCAAACGGGUGGGCUAUGGUGGUAUAGACUUGGGGGAGAAGUGGGGGAGGCUGGGGAAAGUGUGACAGGGAAUGGUUUUUGGGGUGCGUCCCUCCCAAGAGCCAUGGCAGGAGGGAGGCUGAGCUGGUGGGGGUCUUCCCACUCGGUCCUAUAGCCUGGGAUAACCUCAAGGAAGGUGUGGCAAGAUCCCCUUUCAGGCUGAUUGGCAGCCUCCUCUGUACCCUCAUUCUCGUGUUACUCUGUGCAUUUCCAAUGUAUUACAUAAUAAAGACAUGGUCCCUUUUAGGGGAAAUGUCUGAAAAACUAAGAAGAUGCAGAAAGGAGCUGACCGCAGCCAUUGACCGGGCCUUUGAAGGAGUCAGUCAUUCCCAGGAGUGCACAGGCCUGCAGAGGCUAGAGCCAGGUGCCACAUCGCUUUCCUUCUCCCUACCUAUGCACAGGCUUCUCUGUAGAGGACACCCUCUGGCAGCCUGCUCCUCUACUGCCCUGUUUGCUGCUGCCCCUUGUGCUUCUGAGAAUGAGAACCCUGCCUUUGUGCCAUACCAUGUCCCUGUUAAUGCAAAACCACAUGCUUUAUGCCCCAAAAGAAAACCUCUGGCCAGCAAGGAAAAUGUGUUGAUGCACUCCUCCAUUUUGGCACCUGAAAGACCGUUUUGGAGAGCUGCAGGAGAUGGGGAAAACUGGAGAAAAGAAAGUUUAAGGAAAGAUAUGGAGAGAGAUUUGAAAGUUGACUCAAACAUGCCGCUCAACAAUUCUAGCCAAGAAGUCACAAAGGAUUUGCUGGAUAUGAUUGACCAUACAAGCAUCCGAACUAUUGAAGAAUUGGCUGGAAAACUAGAAUUUGAAAAUGAAUUAAACCGUGUGUGUGGUCACUGCCAAGAUUCACCCUUCAAGGAGGAAGCCUGGGCCCUGCUUGUGGAUGAGAGCCCUCAGAAGUCUUCAGAUGUAGACACUGGCAGCCUUAAGCAGGCUUUCGAUGAUCAGAAUAUUGUCGAGACUGUUCUGGAUUUGGAAGAGGACUACAACUUGAUGACCUCUUUUAAAUACCAAAUUGAGUAAGGAGAGUUGCUUUUAGCUUUGAUUCUUUACAGUAGAGGCUGCCAUCAAGUACUCUAUGCAGAAGCAUCCACAGUGAUCAUCAGGAGCUGCAUUUUCAGAGGGCCGGCAGAAGCUGAAUUACCACACCCUUUUUUUAACUUAAGUUGUGUCCCUUUUKGGGCUGAGAGCCCAGUUUUUGUAUUCUGUUGCUUUGAGAUAUUUCAUAUUGUUAUUUUUUUUUUUUACUCAGUGUUUUGAAAGUGUUUUGUUUUUGAUUAAUAUUCAGUAUACCUAGUCCUAAAGGUAGGUAUGGGUUGCAUCUCUGCUGCAUCUCUUGGUAUUCUUUAUUUCCUGGGUCCUUGAAAAAGUAUGGGAGCUAUAACCAGAAUGGGCUUUGUACAACCCCUGGUACCAGCCCACCCCUAGGCCAGCUCAGCCUAUGCAGAAGAAUCYGCAACAAGCUAGACCUUGGUGUGGAUGCUCUGAUCCCCUUACAUAUUUGGCUCCCCUUGCACACAUAGCUCCCUGUUUCUUACAUAUGUCCCAUGGCCUCUUCAUGUCCCAAACUACCUGCUCAGUUCAGAGAGUAGCCUCUGCAGAGGUUUCUUUCUGGCGGCAGAGUUGCUGGCAGAUUCCCUCCUAACAGGAUGUUCCUAUGAGGCCUCCCUACUAUGUACCCCCACACAGACACCUGGGCCCCAGAUGAGGGUAGGAGGAGAGGGAUAGAUACAGGAUCUGUACCUACAUCUCAUCCAUCCAUCCCUCUGCAGGUCUGGCUACCAUGGGUGGAUUCCAUGGCAGGGCAGUGAAUGAAGGAGGGGCCAGGCUCCUGCACUCCGAGGUCAGCCUAACAGCAAAAGCAUAGCAGGGCUGAACUCCGAUGCCACCCCUAGAAAAAAAAGACAUCACCAGAAACUAUUUACACAAAAUUUCAAAACCAUGUCAUCUUCUCAGGAAAACUAAUAAACUGUUGGGCAAGUUUUUAUAUUUCUCAGAAACUGAGUCUCAGGGACAUGCCUAUCUUCCCAGCUAAUAAGGGAAGAUGGGACUGGGGAGGCUGGCACUGUGUUGAACAGAUCAGAACUUGGGAAAAGGCUGGUGGCUGAGUAACUGCCCACUAAGUCAGCUUCUAGGCCAGUGACCCUGGAAUAGGUCUAAUUAGCAGACUAUAGUCACAUACUUUCACCACAAAUCUGGUGAUUCUUUGGGCUUGAAGGCAGAGAUCACAGACACACUACCCACUCCUUAGUAGAGCUCAGCCCAGCACCUGACUGUGCCCUCAAAACUAUGGUGCAGCUGGACUCUGGCCACUUUGUACUUUUGGCCUCCCUAGUGGGUGUUCAUUUGUUGCCACCUACUUAUGAGAAGAGGACAGGCUAGCUAACCAGAGGCUCUUCUUAGGCUACUUGCCACUCAGUGCCUACAGAAGGCAGCAUUCUCAAUAAGCACAGCCUGUGGAGUUGGAGGUCAGGUUCUUAGUGCUUACAGCAUCCUUGGCUGCCCUUGCUUAGGUGAAGAAUGAAUGAUCUGAAUAGAUGUCAGGCCAUUUAAUUUCAUAAAAGCAGAUCUCAAACCAGCACAUAUGAAUACUCAUAGAGGAGGAGGAGCUCAAUUACCUUACCCUACCUCCUUACCCCCCUACCACCUCUUAUGGUUGAGCUGGACUUAGUGACUUUAUCCCAAUAUCUAAAGGAAAGAAAAAUCGUAAAGGUACAGUGGGAAGCCUGAAGGCACCACCUUAACCAAGUGAUUUAACAUMAAUGGUGUCAUGUGGAUGUUACACAUACCCCAACAGGAUGCCAAGAGUGCUUCACCUUAUGGUAUUCACCAAAACCUAUAUCCCCACCUAGUGCGUAACCAUGAGACAAAUGUCAGAUAACUAAAAUUGGAGGACAUGCUACAGGAUCCCCUUGGCCAGAACUCAAGUCAAGGUCAUGGAAAACACUCAAAAACUCUCACAAAUAAGUAGGUACUAAAGAGAGACAAUGACUAAACAAAAUGUGCAAUUCUGGACUGCAUCCUAGAACAGAAAGAGGACAUUAAUAGAAAAACUGAUGAAAUCCAAAUAAUGUCAAAACGUCAAUUUCCUAGUUUUGACACACAUACCACAGUUUUGUAAGAUGUUAGCCCUGGUGAAAGGUAUAUAUGAGCUCAUAUCUUUGUCAAUUUUUAUGUAAGUCUAAAAUUAUUGCAAAUUUUUAAAUGUUUUUAACAAAAAAUUGCAAUAGAUGGAAGGUCUUUGAGAAUAUGUAUGAUCAAAUAUGAAUAUGUAUGAUAUGUAAUGAGGGGCAAUAAGGAGUAUAGUCUUUUUUGUAUUUUCUAAUUUAUC